AUGGAUAGCGUCAACUGGAUCGCGCCGAGGGCCGAGGACGGCAGUGAGUUGGACACAGCGGGCUUUCAGUUCCAGGCAAACUCGACCUCAGCCUGGGACAACCAGCUCAAGCUCGCCGCGGCUGCAUCAGUUCGGACAUCGAUCGUCGUCCUGGCGAGCUUCAAUGUGUUGGCGGCGUUUGCGACUGCUGCUAGCAUAUUCUGGGAGUCGUGGAAGAGGGCAAAGCGGACCGAUGCGACAUGGACGUGGAGGACCUCUUGGUUUCGACUCAUCAAGCGCCGUGAUGUACACCCCUUCGUUCUAUCCUGCGGUAUCGUGGUUCAGGGCAUUGUCUACGCGGUAGCUCAGUCCAAAGGUUUCCAGUCUCUCAUGAUUCUUGGGUGCCGGUCAAUCUCUCAGUUUAUGCUACCAGCUCUGUUCAUCACCCCCUUUAUCCAGCUAAUAUUCGGCCUCGAACUAGCGAUCCGAGUUACGAAGCCAAACAUAUUCCCGGCACGAGGACGAUGGAACGUUGUUGCUUGUCUCGUCAUCAUCGGGCUUUUCCUACUCGUGACAUUUUCCAUCACCUUUGCGAUUCAACCUCCAAACUUUUGCUUCGCUGGUCUGUUCUGGUACCUCCACCGAUACAAUCUCGGCUGCUUCGGGCUUCUCACCGCCAUCGUCUUGUCGAUACUCAUUCAAUGUGGUGUCAUCUCUUUCAAGCUUCACACUGGCUCCAGGAUGAGCUUUGCGGUGAGGGAUGAGGCUUCGCGCAUGGUCUACUACAUGGUGAUUGCGUUGCUCUCCUACACACUCCUCAUAACCUUCUUCUACAACACUUCGUUCGAAGAUCCUCAAUCAGCAAGCCCCGAAACAAUGCAACUAUCCAUGGUGGUAUCCGUCGUGGCCAACCUUUCGGGCCUUUUGACGGGAUGUCUCUAUCUCUUCCUGCGAUCGAGCAAAUCCCCGAGCGGAAGCUACGAGGAGGACGAUGUGAACAAAGGCUUCAAGUCAGAUCCUGAAGGACAAGAGCUGGAACCAUCGACCCCCAAUUCUGCCAUGCCCCGACCUCUUCAACUCCCAAAACAAAUCCGAAAAGAGAACAGCAGGGAGACAUUGCUCGCAGAAGCUAGAGACGAGGGCAAGGUCAUGGGAGCUCGAAAAGACAUCCUCAACCAUGCGUUCCCCAGACCUCUGCGACUCGGAAGCAUGCGUCAAUCGCAAAUCCUCCCAUCCAAGCCAGGACCUGUUCGGACCUCAUCAAAACCCUCCCUCAAGAACUUCAAGAAGAGCAUGUACAGCAUCUUCCCCAAGGAAGAGCAGCCCAAGUCACCUGUACUACUACUACCUACGACCACCUACUCUCCUACAUCAGCCAAGAAGGCCUCGACAUCGGCGAAUCUGGCUGAUGGCCUCCUCGCACCACCGGCCAUCCACGUCCCCGAGGACGCCCCACGCCGGCGUGGCUCCUCGGUGGUAUCAACUGCUACUGUCCAGAUCGGCUUACGUCUGUCAAACAUCAACGACAUGCGCCCCUCAAAGGCGCCAGUCCAAGAAGACGCGGACAAGGUGCACAGCCUUGACUGCCCAAACAGCACUGUGACCUUCUUCCCAAGAAAAACAAGCCCUCUAGCCAUCGCCAUCGUUGAUGUGCCAGGCGAGGGCACAACGUUCCAGGUCAAGGACAACUUUGAGAAGGAGUUGCCUCCUGUCCCUCUGAGCGCCAAGGACAACAAGACUCAAGACGACCAGCCAACCCUCAGCUCUGCUGUGUACAGCCCGCAGAGGCAAAAACCUGGUCCCUUCGCCCAUAACCCGAAAUCUUCAUCCGUGAGUUCUCGCGGGAUACAUAGCCGUCAGGGCUCAAGAGCUGGAACAGAGAUGAGAAAAGAUCAGUGGAUCUGA